CCCCAUAGCAGCUGUUAUGCUAGAAGAUCUGGGAGUGGUUCUUCAUGGUGGCUGCCGGAGUCCUCCUGACCAAGGAGAGCUGGCUGGAGUGUCCUUUCCCCAUGCAUCACCCUCCCUACUGCUUUGCUGAUUGCAAAGAAGCGACAACAGAUGCAUGGUUACGGCUCCAUUGUAGAUCACAUGCUUGGCAUGGAGAAGGCCCUAUUUCUGUUUGCUGCUUUUCAAUCCUUGGCAUUUUCAGUUCAGAGUAGAAGAGCUUGGAAAGAACUUUGGUUGCCUUUCCCUGUCCAGGGAGAGCUGCUGCUAGACCCACUAGGCAAUACAGAGCAAGAUGGUCUGGCUCAGUCUAAGGUAGCUUCAUAUGUUCCUGAGAAGGAGUGGUUGCUUCUCAGUGAUGCUCAGCUGAUGAAGUGCAAAGCUGACCUUUUCACAGAGCUGAAACCAGAAGUGAAAAUACAAUAACACAUUGAGCUACCUUAAUCAGACCAUUGAGCCAUCGUAGUCAGUAUAAUCUACUCAGAAUGAUAUCAUCUUCCCAAGGUCUCAGGCGGGGUCUUUCACAUUAUCUACAGCCUAAUCCUUUUAACUGGAGGUGCUGGGGAUUGAACCAGGGACCUUCUGUAUGACAAGCAAAUGCUCUGCCAUUGAGCCACAGCCCCUCCAUAACUAUGGAUGCAGCCAACCUACACUAUUGGGUCUUUCUGCUGUCUUCCUCAGGUAGAGCUGCAAGAGCGCCUGGCCUGUCUAAGGAAACAGAGAGAAGACGCGAAAGCUGAUGAGAAGAAAAUCAAGGAACUGUUGAAGCGUAUAGAUGCUGAGAAACAGAAGAUCAUCCGAGAGUGGAAGGAGCUACGAGAUUAUAUGGAGGAGCAGGAGCAGCUCCUGCUGGACUGGCUGGCAGAGCUGGACCGGAGCCUUGUGCAGAAGAGGGAAGGAAACAUCGCCAGGCUCUCCAGAGAGAUUUUCCUGCUUGACGAUCUCCUCAGUGGACGGGGAGGGGAGAAGGAACAGCUGUUGCCAAAUGGGUCAAUGCAGGGCUUCAGAAGCACUGAGAACAGUAAGGAGGAGGACACAUCCCUGAAAUCGGAGCUCAGCUUUGAGGAGCUGGAAGAGAGGCUUGAUGGUUUUUCUCAAAAAAAGGACACCCUGCAGGACCUUAUUCUUGAAUUUAAAGAGACUUUACGGCUUCAGCUGGAGGCUGAUGCAGGCUUCAGUAUAACAUCCUUGUCUCAUUCUAGAGGGUCCUCUCUUCAUGAAGAACGGCCAACAAGUGUUUUGGAAGAAGGAGCUUUUCCUGCAGCAGAGAGAACUCAGGCUCCAGUGGUCUUGGAUCAAGCAGCUGAAUGCAUUGGUAUGGAGCCUUGGGCUUCCAAGGUACCUGCAGAACCACAGAUCAGCCUAAGGAACCAAAAGGAAGUUGGAGAGGGCACAGAGCUUGAAGCUGCAAUAGAAGCAUCACCACAAGAAAACCCUCAGCAAGGAGAAAUGCACAUGACUGCACUGGACAAAUGUUGUGGGGCCCUUUCACAGAAUCCUGAAAAGGCGGAAUCAUUCAGUGUUGAGUGCAGGUCAAGAAAUAAUUCUGUGGAAAUUCAGGGCAGUAAAAACCACCAAGAACCCAAAGUAUUGUCUAAUGUGCGUACAGGAAAGAAACACAACAAGUGUCCCACCUGUGGGAAAAGCUUCCGCCGGGUUUCGACCCUUAUUACCCACCAGCGCAUCCAUACCGGAGAAAGGCCUUAUGAAUGCCACCAAUGUGGGAAAAGAUUUAACCAGAGCUCUAACCUUUUUCGGCAUUUGAAAAUCCACACGGGUGAGAAACCCCAUGUUUGCCCUGAGUGUGGGAAACGGUUCAGUUUUGCCUCAGAUGUUGCUAAACACCAGAAAAGUCACAUAGCAGGAAAAUCUCUGAAGUGUUCUGUAUGCAACAGAGGUUUUAGAGACUGCUUAACCCUGGUCAAACACCAGCGGACUCACGGAAGUACGAAACCCUACAAGUGUCCUGACUGCGGCAAAAGCUUCAGAUUCAAUUGCUUCCUCAUGGCACAUCGGAGGAAGCACACAGGGGAGAAACCGCACAAAUGUGCCGAGUGUGGUAAAAACUUCAGUUCUCACUCAGCUCUUUUUACUCAUCGCAGAGUCCAUUCAGAUGAGAAACCCUAUAAAUGUCCUGACUGUGGGAAGAGCUUUGGUCAGAAUUCAACCCUGAAGACGCACUGGAGAAUUCAUACAAAUGAGAAACCCUAUAAAUGCCCAGACUGUGGGAAAGGCUUCACUCAGCGUUCCACUCUAAUUAAACAUCAGAUAAUCCACACAGGUGAGAAACCCUACCUGUGCACUGAAUGUGGCAAGAGCUUCAAUCGGAGCUCAGCCCUUCUAGCUCAUAAAAGAAUCCAUACAGGAGAGAAGCCUUUUGAGUGCCCCGAUUGUGGGAAAAGCUUUACUCAGAAUGGACAUCUUAAUAGACACCGGAGAGUCCACACCAAAGACACAGGAAGCAGGUAAAGAACUCUGCCUAGACUAGAUAUGGAAACCAGUGCUUAUUAAUGGAACCAGAGUCUAAGAUGCCUGGCCAAAUGGCUAAUCUACUGGCUGUUCAUGCAUUCAUGGGGCCAUUUUGAACAAAUAAAAUGCUCUCGUUGGAGCUGGGGACUGUUCUGUCUUGGAUGUAAGGAAAUUGUGCAUGGGCGACUGCAAUGGGAGACAGAAAAGAAAGCCCCCCCUCCCCAGUCCAACCAUUCUGUGAUAGGAACGCUCACCUAGCUGUCUGGGUCUCUGGUAAUUUUCAUGGGAACAUGUUUCAUCUAAUUUUCCCUCCUGGUUUUUGUCAAUGUGUCUGCUGUUUGUUCGGUUUUGCCACAUGCUUCCAGUCUCGUAUGUUCCACGCGUGCCUUUGUCAUGUCUUUGUACGACAGUUUGUGGACUUACAUCUAAGGCAGUAGUCCAGGUGCAAUUCACUGACAUAUGUGAACUUUCUGACUCAGGGACAACUGACACUGAAGCGGAGUCUGUUCAGGGUCCUUUGUUCACAUGUAUUAAAUCUCACGCGGGAGAAAAUCUCUAAGUGAUGUUUAGAGUCAGUCUUUGUCCUUUAUAUCCCUGAAAAUUCUGCUACGUGAGUCAUGUGUUCCCCUUCCUUGUUCUCCUUGUUUGUAUAGAAUAUAGCAGUUUGUCUAAAAGAACUGGAGCACAAUAUGACAUCUGCUGGCAGAAGAAAAGCAUUAGAACACAUCAUUAAAACACUCGAAGGCAGUGAUGGGGAGAUUGCCAUACACUGAUUUCUGCCAGUGUAGCAGCUUUUUCUACUUCAGGCAAUAAGACAAAUGUCGAACCAACUCCAAAACACUGAUAGGGAGACCAGCUCCUGAGGAGCCACAUUUUAUAAAUCCUACCUUAGCCUUGUAGCCUAUCUUUACUUUUUUACCAUAUUCCUUGAUCAUGCCAAGACAAGGCUAGCAUCAGGAAUUUUUUCUCAUGUGUUCAGACAGGGCAAGGGGGAAAGUUUAUGAGGCAAGCCACUUACUUCACUGCUUUACACCUGGUCUGAUAACUCCCUGAAUUCAUUUUGCACUAUCAUGGAGAAGCAGCCAAACAUUCAAGGCUUUGUCAUACUGGAAAACUCAUAAAUGUCUGACUUGAUGGAGCUCCCAGUGCAGGACUGGAAGUUCUGUGUUUCCUUUACAGCGCAAUAAAGACUUGUGCCGUU